AUGGCGGGCCAAAAUCCAUUGACGCCUAAAAUCACACUUGAUACAUCAAAUAUCUCCGAUUACCCUGAAGAAUCACCUUCGCCUACCUCCCGGCCAACAGGUUAUAGGAUAGGACAGAGUAUGCCCACACCUCCCCAGACGGCGGUAGAUGAAGGGUCAUAUUUAUCUCCAACGACUCCUGAUCGCAAAUAUGCGUUCGACGGUUCGACACUGAAUUCCAGGUCUGGGUCAAUACAGUCGGACGACGCUGCGACACGAAUCCGAUCGAAUUCGGGAAUUUCGGCAACUUCUUCUGCCACCUACUACUCGAAAUCUAGCCUUGAAUAUGAACCUCCCGAGGAGGCGUUGAAACCCGACCAUGGCAACGAGAAAGACUUCCAGGUCACGAAUAACCCUUUUGCAUUCUCGCCUGGCCAGCUCAACAAGCUAUUGAACCCUAAAUCGCUAUCUGCGUUUAAAGCUCUCGGAGGGCUAAGGGGCCUAGAGAAAGGCCUUCGAACCAACAUUACAGCUGGCCUAUCCGUUGACGAGAUGCAAGUUGACGGGCAAGUAUCAUUUGAGGAAGCUGUAUCAGCUGAGACAGAGAAAGUGUUCUCAGAUGUUGUUUUAAACCAGAGGACAUCACCGGUUGCAGCCGAAGCGACACCCGCGAAAGAUCACUUUGUGGAUCGACUCCGCGUUUUUGGAGACAACCGUCUUCCUGAACGGAAGCCCGCCGGGAUACUUGUGCUUAUAUGGAGGGCUUAUUGCGACAAGAUUCUCAUUCUCCUUACUAUCGCUGCCGUCAUUUCUUUGGCUCUCGGUAUUUAUGAGAGCGUCUCUGGAGAGUCGGGGGUCGACUGGGUUGAAGGCGUCGCAAUUUGUGUCGCCAUUAUUAUCGUUGUGACUGUUGGUGCGGCGAACGACUGGCAAAAGGAAAGACAAUUUGUCAAACUCAACAAGCGGAAAGAUGACCGGGAAGUCAAAGUUAUUCGGUCUGGCAAGUCCAUCCAAAUAUCGGUCCACGACAUCACUGUAGGGGAUGUCUUGCACCUCGAACCGGGCGACGCUAUUCCUGCUGAUGGGGUUUUCAUCUCCGGACAUGGCGUCAAAUGCGACGAGUCUUCCGCAACCGGAGAAUCAGAUCAAAUGAAGAAGACUCCUGGCGACGAAGUCUGGCAGCGGAUUCAAGACGGCACUGCUACCGCGAAACUGGAUCCCUUUAUCAUCAGCGGGUCUAAAGUCCUCGAAGGUGUUGGAACGUACCUCGUGACCAGCGUUGGCAAGAACAGCUCAUACGGCAAGAUUCUGAUGAGCUUGCAGACCGAGAAUGAGCCAACACCGCUACAGGUCAAGCUCGGCAGGCUUGCCAACUGGAUUGGUGGACUUGGCUCAUCCGCCGCUGGUCUUCUCUUCAUGAUCCUGCUGAUCAAGUUCCUGGCCCAUUUGCCUGGUGAUUCACGACCUAGCGCCGCUAAGGCACAAGAGUUCCUGGACAUUUUGAUUGUCGCCAUCACCGUUAUCGUGGUCGCCGUCCCUGAGGGUUUGCCAUUGGCGGUAACUUUGGCCCUCGCUUUCGCCACUACAAGGAUGUUGAAAGAGAACAAUCUCGUCCGGGUGCUUCGUGCUUGUGAGACCAUGGGCAAUGCGACCACCAUCUGUUCGGACAAGACUGGCACACUCACCCAAAACAAAAUGACCGUGGUUGCAGGAACCGUGGGCCCUUAUGAAAGGUUUGCCUCGACUCGCACGGAACAAAAUUUGGGCGCGACUCCCACCGCAACCAUGUUGGGAAGACUCAGUGCCGAAGUCAAGGAGUUGCUUCGACUUUCCGUCAGCCUUAACAGCACUGCUUUCGAGGGCGAGGAGAAGGGCGUCCCGACUUUCAUUGGAUCCAAGACUGAGGUGGCACUUCUCACGCUUGCGAAUGACCACCUUGGCCUGGACAAUCUCGCAGCCGAACGGUCGAGCUACAAAGUCAAACAACUCAUUCCCUUUGAUUCCUCAAGAAAAUGCAUGGGUAUCGUCGUCAAGGUCAAUGGGGGCUACCGUCUACUUGUCAAGGGUGCAGCCGAACUCAUGCUUGCACGAGCUACCAAGGCCAUCUCUAACAUCUAUGAAAAGCAUUAUGACGUGGUUGACUUAUUAGAAGAGGACAAGGAAGCCAUCAGCAGGACCAUCGAAGACUACGCCCAGCACUCGCUUCGAACAAUUGGCAUGUUGUACAAGGACUAUACACAAUGGCCCCCUGAGGGCGCCAAGGUUCUGGAGGAAGACCCCAAAGCGGCCGAUUUCGAAGACAUUUUCCACGAAAUGGUCUGGAUAGGCGUCGUCGGUAUCCAUGACCCACUCAGAGAAGGCGUGGUUGAGGCAGUGGCACAGUGCCAACGGUCCGGAGUCGUCGUUCGCAUGGUUACCGGCGACAACGUGACGACCGCCCGAGCCAUUGCUAAGGACUGUGGCAUCCUUCGUGAGGAAGAAGAUUGUAUCGUCAUGGAAGGCCCCAAGUUUCGGCAGCUCACGCCCGAUGCUAUGGAUGGGAUUCUGCCAAAGCUGCGUGUCUUGGCUCGAUCAUCCCCCGAAGAUAAACGCAUCCUCGUCGGUCGGCUGAAGCAUUUGGGCGAGACGGUGGCAGUGACUGGUGACGGCACAAACGACGGACCUGCCCUGAAACUGGCCGAUGUUGGCUUCAGCAUGGGCAUCGCCGGUACCGAAGUCGCGAAGGAAGCUUCUUCUAUCAUCUUGCUCGACGACAACUUUUCCUCUAUCAUCACCGCGCUCAUGUGGGGACGUGCCGUCAAUGAUGCGGUGAAGAAAUUCCUACAGUUCCAGAUCACCGUCAACAUUACGGCUGUCGUGUUAACUUUUGUCUCUGCUGUGUCCAACGACGAAAACCACUCAGUGCUUACCGCCGUGCAGCUGCUCUGGGUCAAUCUCAUCAUGGACACAUUGGCCGCCCUGGCUCUGGCCACCGAUGCCCCGACCAAGAAGAUCCUUGACCGUCCACCGCAGCCGAAAUCGGAGCCUCUCAUUACGAUCAACAUGUGGAAGAUGAUCACCGGCCAGGCGAUCUACCAACUCGUGGUUACCUUUGUGUUGUACUUUGCCGGCAUGUUCAUCUUCAGUUACAACGAAAGCCAACGUACAGAGUUGAACACCAUUGUUUUCAACUCGUUUGUGUGGAUGCAGAUAUUCAAUCAAGUCAACAAUCGACGAUUGGACAACAAGUUCAACAUCUUUGAAGGCAUCCAUCGUAACUACUGGUUUAUUGGCAUCAACUGCAUCAUGGUUGGCGGUCAGGUCAUGAUUGUUUUUAUCGGCGGCAAAGCUUUCAGCAUCACACGUCUCGACGGCGCUCAGUGGGCCAUCUCACUGCUCACCGCUCUGCCUUGUUUGCUCUGGGGCGUGCUGGUAAGAUGUUUUCCGGACAAGUGGUUUGGAGUCGUCUUCAAUGGUGCGGUCGGUGGCGUGGCAAUUGUGCUCCGGCCGAUUUGGAGAGGUCUUCGCUUCAUCUUUCACCCUGUCGCGCAGAUGGUUCGGGCCAUAGCGCGCUUUUCCGGACGUACGAUGCGCAGAAUCAGUGGUAAGUCGGCUAGCGAAGAGAAGGAAGAAGAAGGUGAACACAUUCACAUCGACGAUGAUAAGGGGCGCACGUCAACCAGAAGAGCCGGCGAGAAAGCGCCUGCAGUUGAUGAAGAGACCGGGAUAUCCUCAGAGCCAGUGUCCGAACUCAAGCCUCCGCAGAACAAUGGCAGCGCAAGCAGCAAUGCUUUGGGCAACAUACCGAUCCCCUCCGUGGCGGUUACGGGACCUACCUGA